UGCACUUUAGUGUGGCUGAAGCUCGCGCCUCCUAUAAAUCAAAGAGAAAAAGGGAGAUAAUAGUUGGCCUGUUGGGGUGAGCAGCAGCACGGAGUUUAGUGCCAACAGGCUAGCGCUACGUCACGGCUGUACUUGGAGCUGCACUGUGGCCGGCCUGCGUGCUCGCGGAUGAUGCAGCGCUGUGCGGGCAGCUGUGGGCUAACAGACACUGCAACCAUCUACCUUCACUUUGAGCCCAACCGUCGCGCGCUGGCCCCGCCUCCACAUCUCCGUCGGCUUAACUACCUACACCCCUCAUCCCCCAACCCUCACAACCACCUCACUUCAGCAUGAGUAUGCUUCACCUCGCUUUUCCCACACACCCGCCUUUGCGCAGUUCCAAAUUAUAAUUUUUAUGUCUGAGCCUCUCAACUUUCCACUCCUCCCCUCCUCCUACCACAUCCCCAUCCCCUUCCCCUCUCCUGCGCCUCUGUUACGCAAGCAUUCUUAUAGUUGGGGGCCUGUAUAACACAUGGCGCACAGUCGUUUGGUUCUAAAGCGACAAAGAUCUACUCAGGACAUGCUCACUGGAGCAGGGACCAAGGUGUGACACCUGGCCUUGCAACCAGACACUCAAUCCGGACUCGAUUGCCACGCACAUUGUAAUGUUCGACACAGGAUCUCACAAGGUUGACUGAGUACACCACAGUGUUCGACAAAGGAUCAUAGAACGUUGAUUUCUUGUUUACCAAGAAAAUUCCUGUUCAUCUGGUUUUUGCCUUUUCAGAUACCUGGUACCCUUUGCCCCACCCUUCCCUCGCUGUCAACAACUUUUGUCAAGUUUGUAACUUUCCUUGUGACGAUUGUCGUGAGAAGUGUUCAGGUUCACAAGAUCACAGCAUCGCUUUUGUCUUGACUGACAACACACCUUGGCACACGAGAGUCUGCCCUCACUCCAAGAACGAAGAAGGAAGCCGGUUGAAGACGCUGCUUCGGUGACACCACCACCCACUCUGGCCACGUGACGUGUCCUGUGCCGAGCUCGCACGUGCAUCAACUGCUGACGCGGCGGAAGCCAGCACUUUGUUGACGUCGCCCGCCGCCACGAGCUGGCCUCCGGAAGUCGCUCCGUUGUUUGAGUUUACUUUCUCCACACGAAGGAUGUGAAGCAAGUCGUCCUCCUGCACACGACGAUCGUUGGGAAAGUACUCGCACUUCUUCCAGUGUCGGGACACGAAUCACAGAUGAUUACAAUGGCCGCUCCACAGAUGCUAAACGGAUCUCAAGAGGUGACUAGAACACCAUUCCGACAAUCACCGAGUCGCCAUGCGUUUCACUAUAAAGCCUUUGAAGAAUGCAAGAGAAACAUUCUGUCCAAGCCCUACCCAGAUGAUGGUUCUCUGUACUGCAAUGCUACCUUUGACAACUGGCUGUGUUGGGACUUCACUCCAGCAGGACAAAGUGCGUUUCAAAGAUGUCCUUACGACUUCAUCGAGGGCUUCAACAGAGACGAAUUCGCCGAAAAGAAAUGCAUGCCAGAUGGCACAUGGUUUGUCAAUAAGCUGUCAAACCGAACCUGGACCAACUACAUGCCCUGCACAACACACGAGGAGAACCUGAGUGUGCUGCUGGUCUAUAUCUCUGGCUACGUCCUGUCCGUGCUGCUCUGCGUGGCCUGCAUCAUCAUCUUCAGCAUCUUUAGACAGUUGCGGUGUACCCGUGUGAUCAUGCACCAGCACCUGUUCCUGUCCUACAUCAUCACGGGUGUCCUGUGGACAGUGUCCUACACACAGCUGGUCCUCAAGGUGGACGUCAUCAGAGAAAACCCAGUGUGGUGCAAGGUUGUUCACGUGCUGACGCAGUACAUCUCACUCAGCAACUACUGCUGGAUGUUCUGUGAGGGGCUGUUCCUCCACACCAUCAUCGUGCACGCCUUCUCCAAGGAGAAGAAGCUGCUGCGCAUCUGCUACGGCGUGGGCUGGGCUGUACCAGUGGUUCCUACAAUUAUCUACGCUUGUAUCCGGGCUGUGGACCAGGAGCUGGACAAAGAGUGUUGGAUCCCGCACUCGUGGGCCUUGUGGACCAUCAUAGCCCCUGUCAUAGUCUCCCUCAUCGUGAACUUCGCGUUCUUCCUCAAUAUUCUUCGCAUCCUGAUGUCCAAGCUCCGAGCCUUCAAUUCCCACGAACAGCUGCAGUACAGGAGGGCAGUGAAAGCAGUGCUGAUCAUGAUCCCUCUUUUUGGAACCAACAACCUCAUCAUGCUGGUCAGACCCGAGAUGAGUCGGGAGGGAGUGAGGGUGUGGAAGAUCAUCUCCGCCUUCCUUGUGGCAUAUCAGGGUGUAGCCGUCUCACUUAUUUUCUGCUUUUUCAAUGGCGAGGUGAUGACGGUCCUGCGUCGCAAGUGGAGCCAGUGGCGUCACACCCACGAUCAUGGCGUCCUGGGGCGGCUACGCAGCACGUCCAACACGAUGGCCAUCACCAUGGACGACAUGAGCGCCGCCAACAGGAACGGUUACCCAACCACGACGUCCAAAACAGCUUCCAAACAUGCGCAGGAUCCCACAGAGCUUCAUCUGAUGAUGAACAGUCAGAAGAAGAGUGCUGCAUGAAGGUCUUGUCUACGUCUGCGAACAGAACCGUUUUGUUGUUGAAGACGAGAGGAGUGGAGAGCCACGUGACGGUCAGACGUGUCCAUGUGUAGCUGCUGUCGAUGCUGAUUGGAUUGUUCGUCAAGCGGAGAUUUCGUCGUCCUCCACAUCAGGACCCUGCAACAUCCAGCACACCGACAAGACAGUCUACUAUAUGGGAGGGAACCCACCAGAAAGUUCACUACACUCCACAAAUAGUCCGACUGCAGCUGUGGCAAUGAGCCCACGAAUCUGACGGUGAUGAGGACCUGAAUUGACUUGUCCAAUCAAGACAAGAUUGAAAGAUUUACCAGGAAAGUGGUCUGAGAUUAUAGUUAAAACUAUGUUGAAAACAUUUUACUUCUAACAAAAUCCAUUUUUAUCAACAUUCCACUUUCAAACGUGACUUUGAGUAUUUUCCCCAGAAAAGCCAUGUCGGAAAGCAUUGCUGCUGAAGAUUGUUUACUUUCCCAGAAAUGGAUCGUGCAAAUGUUUGAAGCUUAUUUGAAACAUGGUUGUAAUUUGCUUGAAAUGUUGAUGUUUGUAUAUGAACCGUGACUCUUGUGAAAGAUUUAUUAAUCUAGAAAAUUAAUUUAAGCAUUUUACUUGAUAACAGACUUCAAAAACGGAUUUUGCUGAAUUCAUUGGAAACGCGUUUGGAUGGCAUUUCGUGUUUGUUUCUUUGUCUGCUUCGUUUGAUAGUUUAAAAUAAAACUGUUAUAAGCUAGUGGCUAAAUCUUCAUCUAAUAAAAAGCAUAACAUUUAUGCUAACACUGCCAAAAGACUUUUAUUUCAAUAACUUUAACAUGGUGUUACUUUUACAUAAAAACAUUUUUAAAAUGACUACAACAAUACCUGGUAGUGUCUGGCUUUAGAAAAGGAUAUCGGGUUAACAGUGUUUUGUUCUUUAUCUCCUAUUGCCAAAGCUGGCAUUUCAAUGUAACCUUUGCUCACUAACACGAAGCAGUUCUAUUAUAUUUCAAAGAAUUUAUUGAAUCAUUCAUUCUCCCUUUUUCUGUGUUGGCUGUAUAAUGUAUCACAGACCGUGGCAGCUGUACAAGCACUAAAUCGACGAAAUGUAAGAACGAUUGCAACGAACGAGAAAUAUUUUGAAGCUGGAGCUGAGAACUGUAUAUCAGUAGAACUUAUAAAGGCCACACCACGAUUUUACCCUGUCAUCAUAGUUUACCGCUGCAUAUUUAUGAUGAACAUAAGUUCGCCAUAUAAGAUUCGUUACACAGGAAAGCAGUUGUAUGUAGGUUUAAAAUUUCGAAACUCGAACUAAAUCUUGCUUGUAAUAACAUAUGGACUCUUGAAUGUAAUGUGAGCAUAAUAUUAUUACAAAUGUGUGUUUUUUUAAAUAAAUUCUGACACCGGAAGUUUAAAGCUUAAGACAUAUAGUUGACAAUAUGUCAUGUGUUUUUAAUCAAGUCUGUGAUAACUUAAAUGGAAUGUUUUCGUGAGGGACUAGGUUAUUUCUUAUUGAUAUAGCAGUGUAUAUGCCAGAGACAUUACAUUAAAAGCCUAGCUGUGCAUCAAGAAUAACAUUGUAAGUGAUAUGAAAAAAGUUUAUGUUAAUUAGCAUUCUUAUUGCAGUCUGCAAUAAAUGAACAUUUAGAGGCCAUCUUUUGUUGGCCACUUCGACCAAAUUAUGAAGACCAGUCACUUGGACGAUGCAUUUUUCACUGUAUGAACUAUGGACAAAUAAUUGUACUUUGCUUGAAGCUGUUUUUUUUUAAAAAAGAUAAAGGGCUUUAUUUUUCUUCAAAAAUAUAAGGCUUGAGGAUAAGUGCCAAUUGCAAAAUUUCAGCAAAUGCCAGAAAUGUUCUCAAAGUUCAACGGGCUAUCCAUGAAACAUUUUUAUAUCUCUGCAUUUCGAGUUGAUUUCGAAUUUUUUUUUUUUUACAAGUCAGGGAAUAGCUGAUGAAUAAAUGCUGACAAUCAUCUAGAAUUCGGUAACCAGAUAAACAAUGAAUUCUCUCACGCCAGUGGUUAUCAAGUUUUGUCCCAAACAAUCCCUCUCAUCUGUGACCGAGGCUCUGGCUUGGCAGUAGUCCCCAGACUUGUACUAAUGCUGCCAUCGAGUCCUUUCAGAUCGUACAGAGAUGUCUUAACCCAAUGGAGAAAUAGUUGUUUUUCCCUGGCAACUUAAAGGACGAAUUAAUUUUUUCCACAUUCUAGACGGAGAGGUGAAGGCAGAUAACAUUUACCUCGCUGUAAUUUCAGGACUCGUGUCACUGUAGAUGUAGUGUCUCUUGAGUUCUUAAAGGUCACGAUGUGUUGAACUUACAGCAUCUCGUAGGCAUUCAUGUCAGACAGUCUGGCACUCAUAAAACGCAUUGAACUUUGUGCAAGCUAUCUUGCUGUCGCCACAGAUUUUCCCCUGUUAAUACUAUCACAGGGAACAUAUUUACUUGAUGUGGAGUUGUUAGUUCGUUUUAUUUUUUACAAAACUUUGUAAUAAGCAUGCAGUUGUUUUCUUGGGGUACAGGCUUUAAAGGGAUUUACAGAUCUCUGAGAGAGUUAAUUCGCAGGCAUGGUUGGCAGACUUUGGAUGGACUGGCUGUCCAGUAUAGUGUGGCACAGCCAAGUCUUUAUGUUGGUCACAGGACGUGACUGGUCACAAAACGGAUUUGUGAUUUCCUGUCACAGGACAUUGCGAGUCCAGGCAGGACGAUUGCCGAAACGUGAACAACUUUUUCCAAUCAAAUUUAUUACCAAGAGUAGUUGACUGAUUCUUUGCUGCUUUCAAAGAAUUUUACGUGUUUGUCGUUUUGGCUGAUGGAACAACCGACAUCUGCACUGCAUCACUGCUUCGCUCAACCGAAUAAUCUUCGUGCAAUGAUCCGUGGAGCUUUCUUUCAUCGGUGUUUUUUUUUUUUCUUUAUACACAGCGAUGGAGAACAUGGCCGGCAUAUUAGUGUAUGUGCAUUUGCUCAACUUGUUCCCCACCAUUUGCUGUGAACCUGUCAUUAGCAGAAACAGUUUAAAGAUAUGGGUACAUGUUACUGCGAACCUGUCAUCACCAGAAACAAUGUGCAAAGACGUGUUACUGUGAACAUUAUCAGAAACAGUGUAACGAUAUGGAUACAUGUUACUGUGAACCUGUCAUUACCAGUAACAGUGUAUGAUAUGGAUACAUGUUACUCUUAAACAUGAUUAUGUGACAUGCUGAUUAUGUGGUGUAAUAAAUUGUCUUUCGCUAGCAAAGAUUA